CUUUUUUUUUUCUGUUCCAUACACAUUAUGUCUUAUCAUCGUUCUAGAAGUAGACAUCGUUCACCUUCACCACAAAGCAGUAAGAGACAAAGACAUGCGUAUCGCUCCCAUGAAAGAAGUCGUUCUCGCGACAGACAUCGUUCUUCUCGUCAUCGCUCUUCCCGCUACGAAGACAGAUCUUCUUACCACGGCUCUUCUUCAAGGCAUUACGAUAAUGUAAGUGCAAAUGAUAAAAGAACUCAUUCACGUGAGCCAACAUCAAGACAUGAUGCUGUAGGCACCACUGUAGCCUCUUUGGCGCAAGAAACAGCCACGAAACCCACGCCUACUACACCUGAAUCGCCUAAUGUGGAUGCAGAUGAAGCUUUACGUAAAAAGCAAGAACGCGUUCGUAAAUGGAAAGAAGCAAAACGGUUAGAGCAAGAAGCCAAAAAGAAAGCAGCAGAACAAGUGGAGGCUCCAGUCAAUGACGACGACGAUGAUGAAGAAGCAAAAAAGAAAUUGGCUAUUACUGCUGGUGAAAAAGAAGCUGAAGCGAUGAGAAAGAAGCAGCAAGAAAGAGAAGCACUUGAGAAAAAACAAAAAGAAGAAGCAGAAGCUGCAGCUAAAACAGAGCAAGAACCUCAAUUGUUGCAACAGUUUGCUGCCAUGCGAAAAGCGGCUGCUGAAGCAGCUGCUAAAGAAGAACAAGAUCAACAAGAACAGCCUGAACCCGAUACGGAAAUGAAGGAACAAGAACAACAAAACGAAACCAAUGGCAAGCAAUGGAGUUUAGAAGAUGAUUUGGAAUUGGACGAAGAAGAGAUGGAAAUAGACGACACAUCCAACAAGGAAAACCACGAUGAGGACGCUGAACGCACAUUUAAACCACUUCAGAAACCCAAGACAAAAGAAGAAGACUCUAUCCUUGUCAAGCCAAAAAAGACGUUUUUAAUGUCCAACAUGUCUACAAAGCCCAAGAAUGCUAUGAAAAUGGGUUUUGGUCUGGGCAAAUCGUCGAUGACCAUUAAAAAAUCGACACCUACUGUCAAGAAACAAGAGCCAAAGCCAACCAUACCUGAGCCUGUUGAUACCGUCAUGCAAGAUUCAGACGAUAUUGAUCCUUUAGAAGCUUAUAUGCUUGAUGUGCAUGCAGAGACCAAAAAGAUCAAUGAGCUCGACAGACAACGCAUGGACCAGAUGAACAAAUCGGCUAACAAGAAGCGCCGUGGUUCUCUUGUUCAGGAUGACGAUGAAGAAGCACAGGACGAUGCCCAAGCAGGCGAGGAUAAUGAUAUCGGUAGUGAUCCUGAAGAUAUCCUUGCGCUUGCUGCUAAGAAAGUCAAGCGAAAAGACAUUGCACCUGUGGAUCACAGUAAAAUGGAUUAUGAACAUUUCCGUAAAGACUUUUAUAUCGAACCCCCUGAACUACGUGAUAUGACACCAGAUCAAGUGGACUUGUUGCGUAUCGAACUCGAUGGUAUCAAGAUCCGAGGCGUCCAUUGCCCUAAGCCCAUUACCAAAUGGACUCAUUGUGGUCUGCCUGCUGGUUGUUUGGAGGUGAUUCGCAAACUCAAAUAUGAAAAACCAACGGCUAUUCAGGCACAAGCCAUUCCUGCUAUCAUGAAUGGUCGUGAUGUGAUUGGUGUUGCCAAGACAGGUUCUGGUAAGACGAUUGCGUUUCUUUUACCCAUGUUCCGUCAUAUCAAGGACCAGAGACCUCUGGAAGCAGGCGAAGGUCCCAUUGCGAUCAUCAUGACACCCACGCGUGAAUUGGCUACACAGAUCCAUCGUGAAUGUAAGCCAUUCUUAAAGGUGUUGAAUUUAAGGGCUGUAUGCGCUUAUGGUGGUAGUCCUAUCAAGGAUCAAAUUGCAGACCUGAAAAGAGGAUGUGAAAUCAUUGUAUGUACACCAGGACGUAUGAUUGAUUUACUCUGCGCCAAUUCAGGUCGUGUCACUAACCUAAAGCGAGCCACUUAUAUGGUCAUGGAUGAAGCAGAUCGUAUGUUUGAUAUGGGGUUUGAACCUCAAGUCAUGAAAAUUGUGAAUAAUGUUCGUCCUAGUCGUCAAACCGUUUUGUUCUCAGCCACUUUUCCUCGACAGAUGGAAGCCUUGGCUCGUAAAGUCUUGAAGAAGCCUUUGGAAAUCACUGUUGGUGGCCGUAGUGUCGUAUGUGACGAUGUGAACCAGAUUGUUGAAGUGCGUGAAGAAGACACCAAGUUUGUUCGUCUGCUCGAAAUCCUAGGCAAAUUGUUUCAUGAUGAAGGUGAAGAAGAAGCAAGCGCGAUUAUUUUUGUAGACAGACAUGAAGCAGCAGACAAUCUUCUUCGGGAUCUCAUACGUCGUGGCUAUCCUUGCCAGUCCCUGCAUGGUGGUAAAGAUCAGGCGGAUAGAGAUAGUACCAUUGCCGACUUUAAAUCAGGUGUGACCAAUGUGCUGAUUGCUACCUCUGUUGCUGCUCGUGGCUUGGAUGUCAAGAAACUGAAAAUGGUCAUUAACUAUGAAUGUCCUAAUCAUAUGGAAGAUUAUGUCCAUCGUGUAGGACGUACUGGUCGUGCAGGAAACAAAGGUACUGCCUAUACAUUCAUCACACCAGAUCAAGACCGGUAUGCGAUGGAUAUCUGUAAAGCACUUAAACUAAGUGGUCAACCUGUGCCUCCUGAUUUGCAGGCACUCUCGGACUCUUUCCAGAACAAGGUCAAGGAAGGCAAAGAACGUGCUUCAGGAUCAGGUUUUGGUGGUAAAGGUCUUGAGCGUCUUGAUAAAGACCGUGAUUUGGUCAAGAAGCUUCAAAAGAAGGCGUAUGGUGGGGAUGAAGAUUCAGACGACGAAGAGAUCGAACUGGAAAGUAAUGCGGUCCCUGCUGGUAUGGCUGCUGGUCAAAGUGCAGCUAAACCCAUGGAUGUGGAUACGCCCAAGGACAAUGGUAAAGAUGACAGUUUAUCAGCUGCUCUACUUGCUGCCAAAAAAGCUGCGAUGGUUGCUGCACGUAUCACUGCUUUAGGUGGUUCCACUGUUCAACAGGUUGUUACAGAAGACGGUGAAACACGCCCUAUUUAUGCUGAAGAAAUCGUCAUUAAUGACUACCCACAAAAAGCAAGAUGGAGAGUCACCAAUAAGGUAAAAGACAUAGGUCGAUAUCUAUUGAUAUACUCACAUUAUUAUUACUAGGAACAAAUCUCACAAAUCACA